UUUGCUUCGGAGCCGUCACAUCGACUUCACGCCAUAUUGUGAGCCGGUGUCCAACGACGAUGUCGUUCGGGCAAGUCAACAUUAUUCAGAUCAACCCUGGUGGACGGCACAUGUCACGACGAAAGCGUCCGCAGCCAUGACGCCGUUGCAGUUGUAGCCUUCAAACCAUUCUACGUUGAAAUGUGUGAAGUAGUGCAGCGACACGCAUGUCGUAAGCUAGCGUCUACCACGUGACCAUGCGUGACAAGAUCUCCGUGUGGAUUUCUUGGCGUGAUCAGCACUGUUGUCGCAAACAAAGUUGUGUCGGAACUUUGGCGUGAUGCACCAGCACAGCACAACCUGUCGACCAGCGAGUUAGUGUACACAAAGGCGCUACGUCCUGCAAGUGGCUGUUCAUAACAAGUUCAAGCAUAGCCACCUGUAAAGGCGACGUCAACUAUGUCCAUCAACAAAGAUAAAUGUCACCCGUCCUCACGUGCUCGGACGACCUUCAAGCACCAUGUCAACGGGUCGGGUCAUGCAUCACAGCGUUUUCAAACCACGUUUGCCACGGCGUUCGUCAUGUCGCAGUUGAAGCACGUUCGCCUAGCACGAUUUGCAAUUACAUCUCGACAACUCCUAAGCCGUGUUGCACUGUCCUGCACGGCGGCAAAUCAAACGCGUGCGCCACACCUCCCUUCUCAAGCACACAUACAUCACCGGCAACAACAUAGGCGAGUCAGAACAUCACCUACAGUAGCCCACCACAGGGUCAAAGCAAGCCCAACUCCAAGCAAAAAUUGGUUUUGUUCACAAGACCACUUCCGGUAGGUUAGUGACACAUUGGUGCCUGUACGUGCAAACGUCGAAUGUGUCGGGUGUGGUCGGUUGAUGGCAUUAAGUGCCUGCCAAAUCGGAGCCGUCUAUCGCUGCUUUGGGGUCAAGAUCAAGGCGUCCGUGAGCCGAGUUG